AUGAACUCGCUGCUGCGGUUUCAACAGCCAGUAUUUGGGCCUGCAUACCAAGCCCUGCCAGACUUUCUGCGAGCUAGGGAAUAUCAGGAUCCCAUGUCCAACGACGUCACGGCGUUUCAGGUAGCUUUUAAAACGGAGCUGACGUUCCCGGAAUUUGUGAAACAGCAUCCCGAGCACCUUGAAAAUCUACACAAGUCUAUGCAACAGUCCUACGGCAAUCAAUGGACCGACGAGUUUCCAGUGGAAAGUGAGCUGGGUCAGUGGGGUCAAACUGGAAACGAAAGGCCGCUGCUUGUUGACAUUGGCGGCGGACGAGGGCAGCAGGCCAGCGCAUUCAAGAAGAGAUUUCCCGGUCUCCCAGGCCGUGUGAUUGUGCAAGAUCGGGCGGAAGUAAUUGACGGUGCGGCUCAGAUUGAUGGAGUUGAGUUUAUGGUGCACGACUUCUUUGUGACUCAGCCGAUCCUAGGAGCCAAGUUCUACUAUCUCCGGUUUGUACUUCACGACUGGCAGGACGAUCUCUGCGUCCAGAUCCUGCGGAGUAUUGUUCCUGCCAUGGGCCCACACUCGUGUAUCGUUCUGGACGAAAUGAUUCCUCCUGAUAUAGGCAUGUCUUUCUGGGCUGCCUUCAUGGACACUGCUAUGCUUGCGACAUGUGGCGGAUCAGAGCGCAGCGCAGAGGACUGGGUUAGGCUCCUUGACCGUGCAGGACUGCGGAUGCUGAAGCUGCUGGAAUACGAUCCGCAGAAUCUAUCCGUAAUCAUGGCCGUUCCCAAGCCAGAAGAAAAUGCAAGUUGUAUAUAA